UGCAUUUCCUGUCAAGAAAAAAAGGGGACACAAACUACAGUUUUGAGUGGGGUGGCCCCGGUCCCCCCUGGCUCCACCCAUCUGCAAUAUAAAAUGACAAAGAUCUGCACUGAGAAACAGACGAAUACAGCAAGCUCUCUAUGUGCAGUAUUCCUGGCUGAUUUCAGUGAGAAACAAUGGGAGUCUUGAUUGUCUGUGUGUCUCUCUGUCUGCUCUUUGCUCUGAAUGCAUCAGCCUGUCAGUAUGGGUGGGCACAACAUGAACGAACAUGCUUCAGGGUUUUUAACAGUCCAUUAUCCUGGAGUGAUGCAGAGGCAAUGUGCUUGACCUAUGGUGGGAACCUUGCCUCUGUACACAGUACAUUGGAGUAUACCUUCAUAAAGCGCAUGAUCUCAAGUUCGAACUCUUACUGGAUAGGAGGCAGUGAUGCUGUUUUAGAGGGAAAGUGGUUCUGGAGUGAUGGGUCCAAAAUGAAUUUCAAACUUUGGAACCCUAAAGAACCCAACAACCUAGGUGGUUCUGAGGACUGCAUUCAGAUGAAUUUCGGAGCUGCAGGAAAUUGGAAUGACCAAGUUUGCUCAAUCAAGUUACCAUUUGUGUGUUCCAAAUCUCACUGAUCUCUUUCCCUACACCAUAUUAAAUCAGAAGCGGUGUGCCUGUUCAAUCUUAUUCUGUUAUUGCUUCAAACAUUUUUGCUAUUUUGAUGCCUCUGUGUCAAACAUCUUUCUUUCUAUAACUAAAUAAAGCUAAAUGCAUUCA